AUGUCUCUGCAAUUUUUAGAAGCCGUACCAUCUAACUUGAAAGAAGCUAUCUCAUUAUGGUUUGAGCAAGACCAGAACCCAGAAACUAUAGAAGAGGUCACUGCGCUUUGCAAGAAGUCUGAUUGGAAUGAAUUACACAGAAGGUUUGAUUCUAGAAUUCAGUUUGGUACUGCUGGUUUAAGAUCGCAGAUGCAAGCUGGUUUUAACCGGAUGAAUACUUUAGUGAUUAUUCAAGCCUCUCAGGGAUUGGCAACUUAUGCAAAACAGCAAUUUCCAAACAAUUUGGUAGCGGUAGUGGGACACGACCAUAGGUUUCAUUCCAAGGAGUUCGCCAGGGCCACUGCUACUGCAUUUCUUUUGAAAGGCUUUAAAGUGCACUACUUGAAUCCUGAUCACGAAUUUGUUCACACCCCUCUAGUUCCUUUUGCAGUAGAUAAACUGAAGGCCUCUGUUGGUGUGAUGGUAACUGCAAGUCAUAACCCGAAAAUGGACAAUGGAUACAAAGUAUACUAUUCAAAUGGGUGCCAAAUAAUUCCACCCCACGAUCAUGCCAUUUCUGAUUCCAUUGACAUGAAUUUAGAACCAUGGGCUAAUGUUUGGAAUUUCGAUGAUGUUCUAAACAAGGGACUCAAACAAGGCAAAUUGAUGUACUCAAGGGAAGAAAUAUUGAAGUUGUAUUUAGGAGAGGUUUCUAAGAAUCUAGUGGGGACCGACCCGUUAAAGUUUGAAGUAAAAGCAAAACCUUGGUUUGUUUACACACCAAUGCAUGGAGUUGGCUUUGACAUUUUUAGUACGAUCGUGAAAAAGACAAUGUCAUUGGUAGAAGGUAAAGACUAUCUAUGUGUUCCUGAACAACAAGAGCCAGACCCUUCAUUCCCAACUGUUGCUUUUCCUAACCCCGAAGAAAAAGGUGCUUUAGACCUUGGUAUAAAUUUAGCGGAGAAUCACGGCAUCAAUUUACUUAUUGCCAACGAUCCCGAUGCUGACAGAUUUUCUGUUGCUAUUAAAGAUAUAAGGUCAGGUGAAUGGCGACAACUAACAGGUAAUGAAAUCGGUUUUCUUUUUGCAAUCUUUGAAUUUCAGAAAUUUAAAAGUAUGGAAAAGCAAUUUCAGCAUGCCCAUCCGUUGGCUAUGUUAAGUUCAACAGUAUCUUCACAAAUGAUCAAAAAAAUGGCGGAAGUAGAAGGGUUCCAUUACGAAGAAACGCUAACAGGAUUUAAGUGGAUUGGAAAUCGUGCUAUUCUUUUGGAAAAGGAAGGCUACUAUGUUCCCUUUGGCUUCGAGGAAGCAAUUGGCUACAUGUUUCCAGCAAUGGAGCAUGAUAAAGACGGUCUUAGCGCUUCCAUUGUCUUUUUGCAAGCUUAUUGUCAAUGGAAGAUAGAUCACAAUCUGGACCCGAUAAGUAUCUUAGAAGACGGUUUUAAGAAGUAUGGGGUAUUCAAAGAGUACAAUGGCUAUUACAUUGUCUCAAGUCCAAUUGUUACAAAUGAGAUAUUUGAUUAUAUCAGAAAUGCCUACACCCCCAAGGGCGUAUCAUACCCUUCUUCAAUUGGUAAAGAAAUCGAGGUGCUAAAUUACAGAGAUUUGACCAUUGGUUAUCAGUCGGACACUUCAAAUCAUAAGCCUACUCUUCCCAUCGAUCCUUCAUCACAAAUGAUAACAGUAUCAGCUAAACCAAGUGACGGCAAUGAGGGUGAGCAUAUCCGCUUCACUAUUCGCGGGUCUGGAACAGAACCGAAAAUCAAAGUAUAUAUCGAAGCUUGUGCAGAUGAAGAACAGAGAGCCACAUUUUUGGCCAAAUUAACCUGGAAUGUACUGAAGCGUGAGUGGUUUAGGCCGGAGAAAAUGGAUAUAGUUACACAUUUUUGA